GGUCGGCCGUCGGGCAGUUUUUCUUCGUCGGCCGACUAAGUUUCCUCGGUGUGUUCCGCACCGUCGGCUGAAGUUGGUCCUCAUCGGCUUUGUUUCGGCCGAUUCGAAAUGUUGAAUCGGCGUUGGACCUCGUCGGGCCGUCGGGCCAUAUGAUCAUUCUGAUUGGCUGUUCAGCUAGCGAACCAGUGCAUGAGAAAAGAAAAACGGAAGUGACGAAGCAAGUAAACGAUGAAGUCAAGAGGGAACACACAUUGUUUACCUUAGGUACGUGAAAGACAUGGCUAUCUGGAAUGAGGCAAGUGAAGACGAAUUGAUCAACAUGAUCCAGGAAAGGCCGGGUUUGUAUGACAUUACGGAAAAAUGUUAUGUCAACCGUGUGGUGAAAGCUGAACUGUGGCGUGAGAUCGAAAAUAAACUCGUCAUAUCAGAAAAAGAGCUCAAGAAGCGGUGGGAUUCAUUGCGAACCCAAUACAUGCGUUAUAAGAAACAAGGACCCUCAGGAAGUUCUGGAGCUCAGAAGACUGGCAGGCAGCAAUGGAUCCUGAACCGCCUGCAGUUUCUAGAGCCUCACACAAAAAGGAAGGAGAGCACUUCAAAUCUAAUGAUCACGGAACCUGCGGCUGAUAGUGAUUCCUGUUCACCCUCAGAUGGUACCAACAGUGACACCUGGACUGGCACCCAUGAAGACCCCAGCUUCAGUGAUGCUGACCUACGGUCAAGUACACCCUUGGCUGAAUCCACCAUCUGUGGAACUGAGUCCACAGCCAUGAGAAAGGACCAUUUGCAAAGCUCCAACAUAAAACCAAAGCCUCCAGGGAAGCGCAGGAAGAUGCAAGACGAAUCCUCCAGCGAGGAAUCCACAAACUUGAUGCGCACCAUCGGCAAAACUCUGGAAAAGUUGGCAUCACAGGAAAACACCAACGAUGCCAUCUCAGCUUACUGCAAAAAUCUUGAACACAGAAUGCGGAAUUUGCCACCACAUCUACUGCCACAUUUCCAGCAUGAGGUUGAUAAUUGCAUUUUCAAAUAUUCAGUGGGCCACAACCAUGCACUGGAUGCAUCUUCCAAUCAGUAUACACACUUGUAAUUU